AUGACAAUCCUGUCCCCGAAAGAGCCGUCCAACGUCGCCUUCCGACAAUUUGAAAAGGCGUCACCAACUAUAACCUCCUACGAGCCAGUCGAGUUGCACCGUCACCGAUGCGGGAGUCCAAAACUCUGGGCUAUUGUGCUGAUAGUUGCGGGAUCGUUGUCCACAGUCCUUGGCAUCCUGUACGGCACGGCCCUGCCUGCUUACGUGAACUCAGCAAUCGAAGAUCGAGUUGUUCGCUGCUCCGAGGACGAGGUUUCGGAGGAGGUCUACCGGGACCCCUUCGGAGACUGCGACGACUGCUCGCCCUACUACGUGUCCAUGUACAUGCUCAACGCGUCCAACGCCAACGAAUACCUCACGACAAAUGCCAAGCUGCAAGUGCAGGAGAUGGGGCCGUACGUGUACCGCCGCCGCGAGAUUAAACUCGACGUCUCGCUGUCCUCCGAUGCCUCGAGCGUCACGUACAAGACGUACACGUACCACACGUUCGAGGUUGACAGGAGCUGUGUCGGUUGUUCCGACUCGGACGAGAUCGUGAGCUUCGACGCGGGAUACUUCAGCGUCAUCGCUGCUACUGGCGGGGAGUUCAACUUGCUGGCGUCGGUGGCUGCACGAUCGUUUGCUUCUGGGCAAAACGUGACUGCAAUCGCUGCGACUGUCACGGAACACGGCGAGCAGAUGAUGCGCUGGCUGAACGGCCUCAACUCCCUGGAUCCGGUAGCUAUGAAGACCGUGACUAGUGACGACGCCGUGACGAGGUUCCUGACGGCUGGCCCAGCAGCUAUUUUCGACUUGGACCUCUCUGGAUUCGCAUACAACGGUCUCUUUGUCAAGCGGACGGCGUCGCAGUGGGCGCUCGGCUAUCCGAGUCUCUUGGCUGGUUUGAUCCAAGGCACCAACUACGUCCGGACGUGCGAGCCGAGUCUCAACGCAGAAUGCGCGUCCUGCAGAGGUGAUAGCUGCCUGGCCAUUGCAAAGGUGUGCUCCCAAUGCACCCAGGGCGCAGCUGUACUAGCACUCAACAAUGGCAUGUGUGCCGCUAUCGAGUCCAUUUACGCUGCCGAAUACGGCACCGAAGAAGCUGCCGACUUUACUGCCGCGACUUGCGGCCUCUGUACGAGCACGGGAUUGUGUGCUGCACCUCUCCCUGGUGUCGUCGAGAGCUCCGGACUGGACUACUCGGAGAAUACCCCGGACGCGUCAACCCUCAAUACUUACACAAAGCGCACGGGCUGUGACGACCUCACCAAGAUCGGGACAUACGUGGAGUACAACGGCUUCACCGUCGCUCCUGUGUGGGCGGAUCUGGGCGAACGCCGCAAUCCGACGCUGGCCGAGCUCAAUGCGUUCUCAAGCUACGCCACCUGCGAGUCGCCCGUUGCUAACGUCACGUGCUUUAACGUGUCAGGCGCGGACGGAACGGCACUCAAACCUGGCGGCGUGACCAUCAGUGGCAUGGCCGAGCAGACCACGGCCGACUCGUUCGAGUCGUACACAGGUGCUGCCAAGAUCGCCAUCCCGAUCUCAAGUGUGAACACGAUCGUGGACUACGAUGGCGUCUCCCUGCAUCGGUUCAGCGCCCGCACCGACGUCUUUGACUACACGGACGGUAACACUGCCACAGGCACGGGUGUCCCGGUCAAUGGGUUGCACCAGCUCAGCUUUGUCACGGGCUUCCUGUCAUACUUGUCCGGUCCUUACUUCAUCUCCGGCGACUCGUCACUGCUUGAGGCCGUGCAAAUGACCAACAGCGACGGCACAGUGAUGACAGUCGAUUCGAUGUACGACUCGGAAGGCGUCCUCCGCGACAGCUUCAACAGCGCGUACGGCACUUUCGUGGACAUCGAGGCGGGCACGGGCCAAACCGUUAGCGCCCGUAAGCGCUCACAGAUCUCGUACGCACUAGCGGCCUCUAUGACUGCGCCCAACGCUUCCAUGAGCGACUUGGUGUGGCCCAUGCUGCCAACCGAGGUGGUGCUGCCGACAUUUUGGGUACAGGAGGCUGGCGAGGCCAAGGCAAGCGUGCUAGACACGCUAAAGAAGACGCUGUCUCUCGUCAAGACGUUCUUACCAGGCCUCAUUGUGCUCCUUGUUGCCGGCGUCAUUGAGGUGAGCGGAGGCGUCUUCCUCUGGCGAUGUCACAUGCAAAACCUCGAGAGGCAACGAUACGAUAGCGUCAUUUAG